AUAUUAUAGUAUUACAGGCUAUAGUCCGCAGACAGACGGAGAGGGAGAGGAGGGGAGAUCUAUGGCUUCACCGCCGAAGGGCGUGGUGGUUACAGUGCCAGUUCUGGUGCUCUCGCUCUCUGCUGCCGCUAUCUUCCUCUUCUUCCUCCUCUCUUCUCUUUCUUCUUACUCUUGCCCCGCUGCUACCGGCGGCGCUGCUGGUGGCGCCCCCGCCGUUACUAGCGCUGCCGGUGGUGGCUACGGUAACGUCGACGGUUCCAAAAUAUCUGAGGAUCAGAUUUCUGCUACGAAGGAGGAUAUAGUGUGGGUGAAGGAUCAGAUUCAAGCUAAUGGUAUACGAAUGCAAGAGAAUGUGCUCCGGAAGGGCAUCAACCCUCGCACUCGCGCUCAACAGCUCCAAGAUCUGAUUCAAUUCAAGGGAAUAUCACACUACGAAGGAGACGAAGCAAACAAUCACACGGCUUUUCCGUGCCCCGGUGGACUACUUGUUGAGGAACACCACAGCAACUAUGGGGAGCCCUGGGCCGGCGGCCGAGAUGUGUUCGAGUUUCUUGCUGAGUCUGCCCGGCUCUCACCGACCUCACGUGUUCUGGAGAUCGGAUGUGGCACGCUUCGCGUUGGCUUGCAUUUCAUUCGCUACCUGAACCCAGAGCACUUCCAUUGUCUAGAGAGAGAUGAGCUUUCUCUAAUGGCUGCCUUCAGGUACGAGCUUCCAUCGCAGGGCCUCUUGCACAAGCGCCCUCUGAUUGUGAGAGGCGAGGAUAUGGACUUUAGCAGGUUUGGGCCUGGAAUUGUGUAUGAUUUGAUCUAUGCUAGUGCUGUUUUCCUUCACAUGCCUGAUAAGCUUGUUUGGGUUGGAUUGGAGAGGCUGGCAAAUAGAUUGAAACCUUAUGAUGGUAGAAUCUUUGUGUCGCAUAAUAUAAAGUUCUGUUCACGGUUGGGAGGAGAGGAAUGCACAAAGAGGCUAAACAACCUAGGGCUUGAGUAUCUUGGAAAGCGGACACAUGAUAGCUUACUCUUCAAUCAUUAUGAGAUUUGGUUCGAGUUUAGGCGAUUAAAGGUGUAGGUUCUCCAAAAUAAUCCCAAGUUUCAUUUGGCUGAUCUUGAAGCAAGUAAUGAAUCUGGGCUUUUGAGUAUCUUAGAAAGCAUAAGCACGAUAGCUUUCUCUUCAAUUGUUACAAGUUAUUGUUCAAGUUUGGGCAAUUGAAGGCGUGCAAUUUUCUGAUUUCAAUAUUGGGUUCACUCUCUGGUUUAGAAACAAGCAAUGAAUCUGGCAAUCAACUUGGGACUUGAGUCUCUCAAGAAACGUACACAAUAGCUUUCUAUGCAAUUGAUAUGAGAUUCGAUUUUAGGUGAUAACAGUCUUAGGUUUUCGGAAUGCGAUAUUGGUUUUGAUUUGGGGGACUCGGAGAAAGAAUGAUGCUGCGGGUUGAUUGUGUGCUUGGGUUGAUAUUUGUACAUUAGAGUGAGGGCUAAUUACGUUGCAGAUUGUGACCUUGAUGGAUUGUAUGCUUCAAGUAAGCAAUCAUUUAACUUGGGGCUCAGGCACUUGACAUUGGAGGCAUGUGUUAUAUGUGGCUUGUCAUAUUAUGUAUUUGCUAGUUUGAAUUUGAAAAUAUUAGUUGCAACAUAGACUUUAAGUCUGCAAAUUUUGAUGUUUAGCUGUGGCUUGUCAUAUUAUGUAUUUGCUAGUUGGAAUUUGAAAAUAUUAGUUGCAGCAUAGACUUUAAGUCUGCAAAUUUUGAUGUUUAGCUGUCACUGUAAAGUAAAUAGCAUGAUUUGACAUUCUUGGGAGAUAAUCAAAUCUUUUGUGGAAA